GGUUCUUCUAGAUGAAUAAAAGAUUAUAGGCUCUCAUUACACUCUUUCUCUACUGUUUCUCCAACCACUCACUAAUAAACAGCAACCAAUAGUGUAGUUAUACCCUUUUAGUUUUUACUCUUAUAAAUACCCAUUAUUUUCUACCUCAACUCCUACUAUACCAAAGAAAAAAAAUAAAAUAAAAGAUAAAGAAAUGGAGGUCUCCUCAUCAUCAAUCCUUUCACUGUGUGCUAGCUUAGUUGGUAUACUAAUAGCUGUGACAUGGAUUUGGAGGGUUGUGGAUUGGGUAUGGUUGAGGCCCAAAAGGCUUGAAAAAGGCCUUAGAAAACAAGGCUUUAAAGGGAAUCCUUACAGGUUUCUGUUUGGAGACCUGAAGGAAAGCUCUAAAUUGAUCAAAGAAGCCACUUCCAAACCCAUCAAUCUCUCAGACGACGUCAAUCCUCGGAUUUUCCCUUUUCUCGAUCUCACAGUCAAGAAAUAUGGUAAGGAUUCAUUUAUAUGGAUUGGACCGACGCCAAGAGUAAACAUCACAAACCCACAACUCUUGAAAGAUAUUUUGACAAAAUUGGAUGAUUUUCCAAAACCACGUGUCAAUCCACUUGUACUUUUGCUAGCUACUGGUCUAGCAAAUUAUGAGGGUGAUAAAUGGGUCAAACAUCGAAGGUUGAUCAAUCAAGCUUUCCACAUGGAGAAGUUAAAGCAUAUGGUUCCAGCAUUCUAUGUAAGCUGCAAUGAAAUGUUAACGAAAUGGGAGCAAUUAAUGGUGAAGCAGAAUGGAAGUGACAAAGAAUGUGGUGAGAUAGAUGUGUGGCCUUAUCUUCAAAAUAUGACUGGAGAUGUCAUUUCUAGAACUGCUUUUGGGAGUAGCUAUGAAGAAGCUAAGACCAUUUUCCAACUCCAAAAAGAGCAAGCUGAACUUGCUAUGAAAGCUCUAAGGACUGUUUAUGUUCCCGGAUGGAGAUUUGUGCCAACUACGUUGAACAAGAGAAUGAAACAAUUAGAUAAGCAAGUACAAACUCUUUUGAAAGAGUUGAUCAAUAAAAGAGAAAAUGCAAUGAGAGCCGGAGAAGCUGCCAACGAUGAUUUGUUAGGCAUAAUGAUGGAGUCCAAUUUCAAAGAAAUUAAAGAACAUGGGAACAACAAGAACGUUGGAAUGAGUAUUAAAGAUGUAAUUGAGGAAUGUAAGUUGUUUUACUUUGCUGGCCAAGAGACCACCUCUGUCUUACUUGUUUGGACUAUGGUCCUUUUAAGUAGGUUUCCUCAUUGGCAAGCUCGCGCAAGAGAUGAGGUUUUGCAAGUCUUUGGCGAUAACAUGACUCCGGACUUCGAAGGCUUAUCACACCUUAAAGUUGUGACAAUGAUUUUUUAUGAAGUUCUAAGGCUUUACCCACCGGCAAUCUUUAUCAAUCGCACUGUGCACGAGAAAACACAGCUUGGAAAUAUAUCAAUACCAGCAGGGGUAGAAUUGUCAUUACCUGCCAUCCUUGUUCACUGUGAUACGGAGUUGUGGGGAGAGGAUGCCAAGGAGUUCAAGCCAGAGAGAUUUGCAGAAGGAGUAUCCAAGGCCACCAAAGGGCAAGUUUCCUUCUUUCCCUUCGGUUGGGGACCUCGGAUUUGCGUCGGCCAAAACCUUGCUAUGGUUGAAGCCAAAAUGGCCAUGGCCUUGAUACUACAACGCUUCACUUUUGAACUCUCACCCUCCUAUGCUCAUGCUCCUAUAGCCAUUCUUACACUUCAGCCACAAUAUGGUGCUCACUUAAUUCUACAUAAACGUUAUUAAUUGUAGCAGCCUACUCACGAAUAAGUUUAUCUAUAGUUACAAAUAAAUUGCAUGACUUUUAUUUUCUCGAGAACUUAAUGAAUGAGUAUACAUUUACUUGUUU